AUGACGACCCGCCUCAGGAAGACUCGCAAGCUGAGAGGCCACGUCUCUGCGGGCCACGGGCGCGUGGGCAAACACCGCAAACACCCCGGCGGCCGCGGCAAGGCGGGGGGGAUGCACCACAAGAGGAUUCACUUUGACAAGUUCCACCCGGGUUAUUUCGGAAAGGUGGGAAUGCGGCACUUCCACCUGCUGCGGGCGCAGCAGCACUGCCCAGUCAUUAACGUCGACCGGCUGUGGUCGCUGCUGUCUCCCAAGGCCUUCGAGCGGGCCAGCAGCGGCGCAGCAGCAGAAAAGGCCUACGUGGUCGACUGCACGCAGGCGGGGUACUUCAAGGUGCUGGGGAAGGGCGCGCUGCCGAAGCUGCCGCUGAUUGUGAGGGCGCGGUUCUUCUCCAAGUUGGCGGAGAAGAAGAUUAAAGAGGCGGGGGGGGUUUGCGUGUUGAGUGGCUAG